AGCGAGUGAGCGAGUGGAGGACGGGACACAGAACGGCCCGACUUCAGCCCGACAAAACAACUCCCUAAAGUAGCCUUCUUCUUACACCACACUCGGAGUUUUUCGCCUUUAAUUGUUACCUGGAAUGAAAUGCUUUUACGUGGAUGACUUGAAAGGUUAUUAAACCAGUUUGAUGACUACAAAUGAGCAGAGGAUCUGCUUGAGAAGGUUAUGAAGAAGUUCUUUGGGAGCAAACCAGUCUGACGUUGAGAUCCAUCAGGUCGAGAUCCAGCCUGGUGACUCCAAACUGACACGUGCGUCCCAACUUCAGCUGCCUGGCUCAAGGGAGCAGCUUGCAGAGAGUUCACCACCAUGUCUUAACACCUCGCACUCCCUUCUGAAAACCCUGUCCCCCCUUCCCUCUCUCUCCCCUCCCUCCCCCUCCUUCUCUUCCUCCCCUGCCCUCCCUGUAGAAGCUUCCCAGUCCUUUGGAAACCACAGUGCCUCCUCUGGAGAAAUGAGUCUGCAUCAGCAGCAACAGGGAUCCGAGAGGGACCUUCCCUCUGCCGCCUCAUCCGUCAGUUUGCCCUCUGUACGGAAGACUCCUAAAAAGCGCCGCAUCUCGUUGCGCUCACUGUUCCGUCGUCGCUGUGGGGACCCCAAAUCCCGCAAAUCACGGGCACUAGCCGCUGGAGUGGAUGGCAUCACCAGUGUGGAGAGUGUGCACUCGGAAAUGUGCCAGCAGCAGGACCAUGCCUCUGCACUGCCUGCACCCGGUGUGGCCUCCACCUCAUCUUCAUCUUCCUCAUCCUCAGCCUCCACCUCUGAGCUGCUGGAGUGCCCAUUGUGCCUGCUGCGCCACACCAGAGACCGUUUCCCUGACAUCAUGACAUGCCACCACCGCUCAUGUGCCGACUGCCUCCGACAGUAUCUACGCAUCGAGAUAUCUGAAAGCAGGGUCAACAUCAGCUGCCCAGAGUGCUCGGAGCGCUUCAACCCACAUGACAUCCGCAUGAUACUCAAUGACCGUGUACUCAUGGAGAAGUACGAGGAGUUCAUGCUGCGCCGCUGGCUGGUGGCGGACCCUGACUGCCGCUGGUGCCCUGCUCCGGACUGCGGGUAUGCAGUCAUUGCCUUCGGUUGUGCCAGCUGUCCAAAGAUCACGUGUGGUCGCGAGGGCUGCGGAACGGAGUUCUGUUACCACUGUAAACAGCUGUGGCACCCAAAUCAGACCUGUGACGCCGCACGACAGCAGAGAGCUCAGAGCCUCCGGCUGAGACCCUUCAGAUCGUCAUCACUCAGCUACAGCCAGGAGAGCGGCGCUGCUGCUGAUGACAUAAAGCCAUGUCCCCGCUGUGCGGCCUACAUCAUUAAGAUGAACGAUGGCAGCUGUAAUCACAUGACCUGUGCUGUGUGUGGCUGUGAGUUCUGCUGGCUGUGUAUGAAGGAGAUCUCUGAUCUGCACUACUUAAGUCCUUCAGGAUGCACAUUCUGGGGCAAGAAGCCUUGGAGCAGGAAGAAGAAAAUCCUGUGGCAGUUGGGGACACUUGUGGGCGCUCCGGUUGGCAUUGCACUGAUUGCUGGCAUUGCCAUACCGGCAAUGAUCAUUGGGAUUCCUGUGUAUGUUGGUAGAAAGAUUCAUAAUCGUUAUGAGGGAAAGGACAUUUCCAAGCACAAGAGGAACCUUGUCAUAGCUGGCGGGGUGACAUUGUCAGUGAUCGUGUCUCCAGUGGUUGCCGCUGUCACUGUCGGGAUAGGAGUGCCCAUCAUGUUGGCAUACGUCUAUGGUGUGGUGCCCAUCUCUCUGUGCCGCAGCGGUGGUUGCGGUGUGUCUGCGGGGAAUGGAAAAGGUGUGCGCAUCGAGUUUGAUGAUGAGAAUGACAUGAACGUGGGCACCGGAGCUGCUGUGACUGACACCACUUCAGUAGCAGAGACGAGGCAUAACCCCAGCAUCGGUGAGGGCAGUGUAGGGGGUCUGACAGGCAGCCUGAGUGCCAGCGGGAGCCACAUGGAACGCAUUGGAGCAAUGAGAGACAACCUGAGUGAGAACGCCAGCACUAUGGCACUUGCUGGGGCCAGCAUCACUGGCAGCUUGUCAGGAAGUGCCAUGGUCAACUGUUUUAACAGGUUGGAGGUUCAAGCUGAUGUUCAAAAGGAGCGUUGCAGUCUGAGUGGGGAGUCUGGUACCGUCAGUCUGGGGACAAUCAGUGACAACGCUAGUACCAAAGCAAUGGCUGGAUCCAUUCUCAAUGCUUACUUGCCUCUGGACAGAGAUGGGAACAGUAUGGAGGUGCAGGUGGAUGUGGAAUCUAAACGAGGGAAGCUCAGGCACCACAGCGGCAGCAGCAGUAUGGAUGACGGCAGCAGCGGAGGGCCCGGAGCCAGCGUUUGCCCCUCUGGCUGUCCGCACGAGGGCAAAUGCGUUACGUCUCGCUGGGCCAAGGAGCCAUCCUCCACCUCGUCCUCUUCCUCCGGAAAGAAGAGUAAAGGCAAGCUGCGCAAAAAGAGCGGUGGCACCAAGAUCAACGAGACGCGUGAAGACAUGGAUGCCCAGCUGCUAGAGCGCCGCAGCACCAACUCCAGUGAGUUGGACUCACCCUCUUUGAGCGGCAGCCUGCCGUCUGUGGCCGACUCGCACUCCAGCCACUUCUCCGAGUUCAGCUGCUCCGACCUGGACGCCUGCAGACCCCCUUGCUAUGAGUCUCACAUCCGACAUCCCAACACAGGCGGAGCGGUCAGCCCUCUUCCUGAGGUCGAGAACGACCGGCUGGAAAACUGUCCCACCUCUGGGACCCUCCCACAAGCUGCGGUGGCCCCUCUUACUCCUGACGGGGCAGCGGAACGUCCCCUGUGCUACAUUGCAGAGGAGAAUGUGAGUUUAAUCUGUGCGGCUGACGCGGGCCAGAGCUCGGCCCGCAAAGAACACAAUAACAACCUUCCUCAGCCGGCUAGUCCUGUUCGCAACGCCUGCAUUCAAACAGAGAUAUAACCAGACGGGUUGAGUUAACCCAAAUGCUUUCACAGCUAACCUCAACACCCACUUUAUUACCAAGGAUUGCACACUGAAUUAAAGAUUUUAAAGUUUGUAUGGGUUUCAUGGAGGUUUAACGUCCCGGUCGAUUGAUAAUUCGAAUGUUGGAGAUGGAACGCCACUAUUUUUACACUAGUCAAGGGCAGGAUGUGCCUCGAGGUUUCAGAAAGCUCACCGUGACCAAAGGUUACCAUUUGAUUGACAGAUUGCGUAAAGGCCUGUCAGUCUGUGCAUAGAGUUGGACUAAAGAUCAGAUAAGAUUCAGAAAGGCAACAGAUGAAUGUAGGGUGGCAAGUGAUGCACCGAUAAUGGUGAUGAUGUAGCUGUCAAUCACACAUGCCUCUAUUUCAGUGUUCAGGGUCGCUGUGAUGAAUAACCUCUCCAGUGAGGAACGAGUGUGUGGAUGAAUCUUGCAAAAUGUGUCCAGCUCAUUAUUCAUCCCAAAAUUUAAAAAGGAACAAAAUGGAAAAAAGUCAUUCCUUUAAUAUAUGAAAUGAAGCCUGUUAAGGACUAGUAUGACAAUUUUAGUUUGUAUUAUGAGAAUUUCAUGAUAAUGAAAGGCAUAGUCCACCCAAAAAUGAAAAUUUUCAUCAUUCACUCACCCUCAUGUGGUUCCAAACCUGCAUGACUUCCUUAUUACUGCAAAACACAUAAGAUAUUUUGAAGAAUUUAAUUUUUUGUCUGUAUAAUGGAAGUCAAUGGGAACCGAAACUCUUUGGUUACCAUCAUUCUUUAAAAUAUUUUCUUUUGUGUUCCACAGAAGAAAGUCGUACAGCCGCCCAGGGUGAGUAAAUGAUGGCAAUUUUAAUUUUUGGGUGGACUAUCCCUAUAAGCACAUUUUUUUUCCUGUAUUGUACUUCUUCCUCUAUUGACAUUUUUCUUUUUUUUUUUUUUUUUUUUUUUUUUUUAAAUUCCCAAUGAUUCUCAUUAGAUUCUUAUUUCUAUAAUACAGUAUUUUUCUGUAUAACUGUAAAGCAGCUUUUUAAAAUACAAAUACUACCGUAAUUUAAAUAUAUAAUUUUUGCAUUACAGUAAUAAGAAUGGGAUUUUUCUUUUCAUUGUGGUCAUGAGAAUUGGAAGGGGAAAUGCAUUUCAUUUACAUGAAACCAAAAAAAGUUAAGCUUAUUGUUUUCAAAUUAGCUUCAUUUUCUUUAAAUAUAAUUUCUUACUCUGUGAUUUUGGGAUGAAAUAUGACCAUGACGUGUUUUUGACAGAUUCCAUGUGAUUGACCCGUGUAUUCAGGCACCUUCACCACACAUAUACACACAUAUACUCUCAGUUACCCAACAUAUAGCUUUAGUUGAAGGAAUCUGCAACAAUUCAAAGGCACCAAGGAAGUCAGAGGGGACUCUGAUGCUCUUUUUAAGAUCAUUCAUACAAGAUGAGCCUAUGAGGGACCAGGCAGUAGUAGAUUUCCCUUUUCACAGCAAUGAUUCUUGUACAUGAUUGUGUUUUUAAUUUUUUGGGUGGUUCUUUUCAUUUUUCUCAUCUAGUGUCACUGCUUAUUUUCCAUUUUUGGGAAAAGAUGUUCAAGCCCUGUGCAGGGUGCUGCUUCUGAGUUGAAAAGCCAGUGAGAAGCUGAAUAAAGCUGCGUCGUGCCCCCUGCUGGUAGGAUGGGGACCCUUGACCAAACCCAUUUUGGGGAGGAAGCAAGUCUGGCAUGUUAAAAAAAUAAAAAAAUUAAAAAAAUGUCCUUGCAAAGCCAAGUCCACUGAUAAUUCUUUUAUAGAACAACUGUUAUGGGUGCAAAGGGUUUGUAUUUAUGAAUCAGAAGGAUUUGCAUCCUGUUAAAAAAAAAAAAAAAAAAAUAUAUACAUAUUGUCAAACUACAUGCAUUGUAAAGGCUAUGAUGGUAAUCACAUUUAGGUCUUCAACCUGAUUCUUUUCUUUCUCUUGUAUCGACUCAUGGUGCCUUUUGGAUCAUCGAAAAACUAUGUUUGUUCCUCCGGUUUGUGUCUUAUAAAUUCAAAUGUAUUGGAUGAGGCUGAAUGUUAGCGAGGCGGCGUGGCAUCGUUUCCUAUCGUCCCUGUGUUAAACGGUCAGGGACUACGCAACCGACUGCCUACCAAAGACAGCACUCAGGCUCACCGACGAAGACUCGUCACCCCUGUGACCCCUGCACACUUCAACGCACUCACAGUUUACAGACGCCUCCUUGGACUCGAGGCUCUGACCCGUGUGUUUGCACUGUUCAUCCUGGUCCUGUCUGCGUGUACAGCCGUGCCGUGAGCGCACGGGUCUAGUUCAAGAGUUGAUUUCUGUUUGUCUUUCUCGCUGCCGUUCUGGUGCUGCUCAGUAAAUCUCCCAGGACUGAUCCAAUGCCACAAGCUGCUUUGUUUUUCAUUUUCGUUUUGUUCCUUCUAUUUCUUUAGUGUUUUUUUUUCUUAUGUUUUCCUGCCCAUAUCUGUACGAUUAUUACUUCAGAGGCUAGGGCUGAUUGAUUUCUAACUUGUUCAGAACAGCUUGAUAUUUGUAUAUUUGCUUUAUAAUAUGCGUGUAAAUGCAUAUCUAAAUGAAAAUAAAAACAUGAAUUCA